AUGGUAGAUUUUUAUUAUCUCCCCGGGUCAUCACCUUGUCGAGCCGUACAGAUGACGGCUGAAGCGGUCGGUGUAUCGUUGAACCUGAAGUAUCUCGAUCUAAUGGCAGGCGCCCACCGGUCGGCCGAUUACACAAAACUCAACCCUCAACGGACGAUCCCGACGCUCGUCGACGGUUCGGUGGUGUUGUGCGAGUCCCGUGCUGCCCUAACAUACCUGUGUGAACGGUACGCUAAGGAUGACAGUGAUUUGUACCCGAAGGAUGUCGUCCGACGUGCUGCCAUCAACCAACGACUGUAUUUCGACGCGUGUGUGCUGUACCCGCGAUUCGCCGAAUUCUUCCAUCCGCAGGUGUUCGGAGAUGCUCCACCAGAUGAGAAGAAACGUGCUGCUUUCGAGCGUGCCAUUAUGCUACUGGAUCACUUUUUGAGUGAGAGCGAAUUUGUGGCAGGACCGCAAAUGACCAUUGCCGACAUUAGCUUGUUUGCGACCCUCGCGACGGUGUGUGCUCUUAAGUUCGACCUGCGACCGUAUUCCAACGUCGAUCGGUGGUACGUCUGCAUGAUGACCACGUGUCCUGGUGCGCAGAUGAACAUGGCGGGUGCUAUCGAAUUUUUAGCGUACAAAUAA